CUCUCUCAAUUUCUCUUUCCCUUCCUCCUCAACAAACUAAAUCUCUUAUUAUUUAAAAAAAAAAAAAAAAUAAUCACAAUCUAAACGCUUCUUAAACGCAAAGCAAUUCAACUUUCCAUUCAGAGAGAAAAGUCCAGGUAGCUGCAGUUUGGCUUUAACAUGGAAGAAGAGACACAAGUGAGUUCAGAAAUCCCAGUGAUAAAGUCAGUUGAGGACGUUGCUGUUCCAGUUAAGGUAAUAAACGGAGACAUGCCAAAUGUUGGAAAAGAAGGGAAGAAAGAAGAGGAGGAAAAUACCUUUGAUGGUGAAUUUAUAAAGGUGGAGAAGGAAUCUUUGGAUGUGAAGGAUGUUUCUCAUGUAGCGGAUACAACAUCUGCAAAUGAUGACAAGCCAUCCGUUGUUCAAAGAAGCUCAAGUGGUUCCAGCAGAGAAUUACUGGAAGCCCAAGAGAAGAUGAAAGAACUUGAGCUUGAACUGGAAAGAGUUGCUGCUGCAUUGAAGCAUUCAGAAUCUGAGAAUACGACACUGAAGGACGAGGUUUUACUUACAAAAGAAAAGUUGGAAGAAAGUGGGAAGAAAGACGAGGAGCUUGAACGCAGUCACAAGAAAUUGCAAGAGCAGAUUGUUGAAGCCGAGGAGAACUACAGUUCAAAGCUCAAUGCUUUGCAAAAAACUUUGCAAGCUCAAGAAGCAAAGCACAAGGAACUGAUAGAAGUGAAAGAAGCAUUUGAUGGUCUAAACCUUGAGCUGGACGGAUCAAGAAAGAGAAUGCAAGACUUGGAGGAUAAGCUGCAAACCUCUAUUGGAGAAGCUCGGAAGUUUGAGAAACUGCACAAACAAAGUGGUUCACAUGCAGAAUCUGAGACACAGCGGGCCUCGGAGUUUGAGAGGUUGCUUGAAGUGGCGAAUGCAAGUACAAAAGAAAUGGAAGGUCGGAUGGCUACACUACAAGAAGAACUCAAGGGCCUGUAUGAGAAGAUUGCUGAGAGUCAGAAAGUAGAAGAAGAACUAACGAGCACCAAAGCAGAUCUUUUUGCAGUUCAAGAAGGUUUAGCACUUUCAAAAUCACAAGUGCUGGACUUGGAACAAAGACUUUCUUCAAAUGAAGCUCUUGUAAGUGAACUGACUCAGGAGUUGGAACUCAAAAAGGCAUCAGAAUCACAGGUGAAAGAAGAAAUCUCUGCUGUCAAUGAUCUGCUCGCCUUGUCUAAGGAAGACCUUCAAGCAAAGAUUUCUGAGUUGGAAGAUAUCAAGUUGAAGCUACAAGUCGAAGUCAAUACAAGGGAAUCAGUUGAAGCUGGUUUCAAAGCCCAGGAAGCACAGAUCUCAACUGUACAGGAAAAUCUGGCUAAAGUAACUGAAGAGAAGGAAGCACUUGAAGCAGCCAUGGCUGAUCUUACCAGUAAUUUAGCAAUCACGAAGGAGUUGUGCAGUGAACUUGAGAAAAAAUUGAAGGUUUCAGAUGAGAAUUUCAGUAAAACAGAUUCUCUUUUGUCUCAAGCUUUGUCUAAUAAUGCAGAGCUUGAGCAGAAGUUGAAGUCUCUAGAGGACCUCCAUAAUGAGUCGGAAGCUGCAGCAGCAACUGCUACUCAAAAGAAUCUUGAGCUUGAGGAUGUAAUCCAAGCUUCAAAUGAAGCAGCUGAAGAGGCAAAAUCACAAUUGAGAGAGCUUGAGACACGCUUUAUAGCAGCAGAACAAAGGAAUGUGGAACUUGAGCAACAGUUAAAUUUAGUUGAACUUAAAAGCAGCGACACUGAGAGAGAAGUGAGAGAAUUUUCUGAGAAAAUCUCUGAACUCAGUGCUGCAUUAAAAGCAGUCGAGGAAGAAAAGAAACUACUGGGUGACCAAAUGCAAGAUUACCAGGAAAAGAUAACCCAGCUGGAAUCAACCCUAAACCAGUCAUUCUCACGGAAUUCAGAGCUUGAGGAGGAGUUGAAGAUUGCCAAGGAGAGAAGUGCUGAACACGAGGACAGAGCCAACAUGAGUCAUCAGCGCAGCACUGAACUAGAAGAUUUGUUCCAGACAUCCCAUUCCAAAGUAGAGGAGGCUGGCAAGAAAGCGAAUGAGUUGGAGCUGUUGCUAGAAGCGGAGAAGUAUAGGAUUCAGGAACUUGAAGAGCAAAUAAGCACAUUAGAGAAGAAAUGUGAGGACAAAGAAGCAGAAUCCAAGAAACAAUGUGAUCAUGUAUCUCAACUGGCAUCAGAGUAUGAGGCGUUCCAGGCAAAAGCAUCAAGCUUAGAAGUUGCGCUGCAAAUGGCAAAUGAUAAGGAGAGGGAGUUGACAGAAUCCCUGAAUGUUGCAACAGAUGAGAAGAAAAAGUUAGAAGACUCAUCGAAUGGCUACAGCGAAAAGCUUGCUGAAGCUGAAAAUCUAUUGGAAGUCUUGAGGAAUGAAUUAAGUCUGACACAAAAUAGGCUGGAAAGCAUCGAGAAUGAUCUUACUGCUGCUGGAUUGAGAGAAAGUGAGGUAAUGGAGAAACUUAAAUCUGCUGAAGAGCAACUGGCGCACCAAGGUAAGGUGUUAGAGGAAGCUACUGCCAGAAACUCAGAGCUUGAAUCAGUACACACAUCCCUGACAACAGAGUCAGAGCUUAAACUACAAGAAGCAUUAGCAAACUUCAGCAUCAGGGACUCUGAGGCAAAUUCUUUGAUCGAGAAACUGAAGCUUCUUGAAGAUCAAGUGAAGAUUUAUGAACAGCAGGUAGCCGAAGAAGCUGGAAAAUCUGCAUCAUUGAAGGAGGAGUUGGAUACAUGCUUAUCUAAGCUAGUUUCUUUAGAGAGUGCAAAAGUAGAACUUGAAAGGCAAGUAGCAGAAACAGGAAAUAGAGCUUCCAUCUCUUCCUCAGAGAAUGAACUUUUAGUUGAGACAAACAAUCAGCUCAAAAGCAAGGUUGCCGAACUUCAGGAAUUAUUAAAUUCUGCAAUCUCUGAAAAGGAAGUCACUGCCCGACAACUUUCUUCUCAUAUGAACACUAUUACAGAGUUAACAGAUCAGCACUCAAGGGCAUCAGAACUUCAUUCUAUAACUGAAGCUCGCAUCAAAGAAGCAGAAAGUCAAUUGCAUGAGGCUAUUCAAAGAUUUACUCAGAGAGAUACAGAAGCCAAUGACUUGAAUGACAAGAUAAAUGUGCUUGAAGGCCAAAUAAAAAUAUAUGAAGAACAGGCUCAAGAGGCAUCAAUGAUUGCUGAAACUCGGAAAAUUGAGCUGGAAGAGACUGUCUUGAAGUUGAAAAAUCUGGAAAGUAUUGUUGAGGAGCUGCAAACCAGGUCAGGUCACUUUGAAAGAGAGAGUGGAGGAUUGGCUGAGGCAAAUCUGAAACUAACUCAGGAUCUGGCUACGUAUGAGACCAAACUCAGUGAUUUACAAGCAAACUUUUCUGCAACCCUUGUGGAGAAGGAUGAAACUAUUGAACAGAUUAAUGCAUCAAAGAAGGAUUUAAAACAGCAGCUAACUUCUGAAAUUCAAAGACUGCAAUCUCAGAUUUCUUCAGUCAUGGAAGAAAACAACCUGCUUAAUGAAACAUAUCAAAACGCUAAGACGGAACUUCAGUCUCUGAUAUCACAGCUUGAAGGACAACUGCAACAACAGAAGGCAAUCGAAGUCACUUUAAAGUCCGAGAUUGAAAGUCUCAAGUCUGAGGCUGCUGGGAAGUCGGAGUUGGAAAAUCGUCUCAGGGAAGUUGAAGAGCAGUUGGUGACAGUUGAAACUAAAUUAAAAGAAGAGGUUGAAAACGUUAAAGCAGGAGCUGCUGGAAGAGAGGCAGAACUUAAUUUGAAAUUGGAGGAUCAUGCACAUAAAGUCAGUGAUAGAGAUGUAUUAAAUGAACAAGUGCUGCAACUACAGAAAGAGUUACAACUUGCCCAGACAGUGGUUGCCGAGCAGAAAGCGGCAGAUUCUCAUAAAGAAAGUGAACGAGAAGCGGCCCUGAAGCAUUCCCUUGAGGAGCUCGAAGCUAAGAACAAAGAAGUUGAAACUCUAGACAAGCAAGUGAAAGAGCUUGAGCAGAAAUUGCAAGCUAAACUGAAGAGCGAAGUGGACAGUCCGACAGAAUUGAAGGAAGUAACAGAGGUGAGAUCCAGAGACAUCGGAUCGACUCUUUCGACACCUACAAAACGAAAAAGCAAGAAAAAGUUAGAAGCAGCAGCAGCAGCUGCUCAAACUUCUUCCUCCUCCUUGGAAACACAUACUCACGGUCACGAUGUUUCUGCUGCCACAAAAAUCAAGUUCAUCAUCGGAGUCGCCCUGGUGUCUGUGAUCAUUGGCGUAAUUCUUGGGAAACGAUAUUAGUUUUGGGAUUGUGGAUUUGGGUUUUACCUUUUGUUUCGUAUAAAUUAUAUGCACAGAAGAAUCGAAAGCUUUGUUUGUAUGGUUUCUUUAUUAAGGUUUUGAUUUUGAUUUUGAGGUUGGUCAGGGAAUUUGUUUUUUGAUUUCUAUCCCUUGCCUGUAUCAAAGAAAAAUGCAAAUGAUUCAUGUAAUUUUAUCAGUUUGAUGUAUGUAAUUAAGCAUUUAAUAAUA